CCUUGUGCCUCGAGGAAUACGGCCAGUAUGCUGCCAGACAUCGAUGGGUAACCACGUAAAUUUCGACAGGAUUUGAUUCUCCGUUACGUGAUCCGGUGUUUCCCGCAGCUUUCAACACGAACGAUCAUACAAUUAUAAUCGUCGAGCCACGAAUCGGUCGAAAGCGUUAAUUUUCGUGAUCGGGCCGGUGAUAUUUUCUGGUUUGUGAAGUUGUGCCAUCGAAUAAAUUAUUAUAGUUUGCUCAGGCAACUGUGAAAACUGCGACAUAAUUUUUACUCGAACGUAUGAUAAUAAUUUUAACAGUGAUUUAAGUCAUAUAAUAUCAAGAUAGCAUCUACAUAAAUUCUUUCCGCGCGGUGAUCAAUUUUAAGCGGUAUAUGUUGAGAUCAAGGAACAGGUCUCGUUUGAAAGACUGGAAUUUGAUUGAACAAAUCCGUGGAACGUAGUAUGUACAAGAGGCAGGUAGUUUUUAACGAAACGUACCGAUCGGAGAAAGAUUUUCCUUCGAUGUAUUAACUGUUGGAAGAGAUAGUAGAGUUAUCGAAGUUGAUACUCGAACGAAGCGAGCGCUAUUAUCUUCCACAUUGCUCAGUCUUUAAUCGAUAGCAAGAAAAUAAUCAGCGAAGCAGAAGCUGUAAACCGAUAGAGUGCGGAAGUCUGAAGGUAUAUCUUUAUUACGUCAAAUCUCUACCAACAAGCAUCGAACAUUCUUCCGGUUUGGAUAUUUCAAGGAAAACCUUGAGAACGAAAUUCAGCCUGAAAGGUGCAUAUUGACCAAAUGAAUUAUAUGGAACACCAAACACGUUCGGAAAAGUUUUAGAAACACCCGAACGUUUGGUAAAAUAUUCUUCGUACGAGAAGCGUAAGUCGUAGUCGACGACGUAGUCAAGUUAGAAGGAAGAUACCAAGCUGAAUCUGAAAGAGACAAAAUGUCAUCGAUGAGUCGAACGUUCAAAUUUUGUUAUUUCUUUACGGCUGGUAAAGUUCCCGUUGUUUUACGAAGGCAUUUUCAUUAACGGGAUUGACAGAAAAUUACACUUUGGGAAAGAUUUCUCUAACCAAGUGCAUUAAGAAAAAGAAAAAAGAACGCAGGAAGCCAAGAAAUCUGUAUCAGACAAAUAUAUUUAAAGAACGUUAUAAAAAUUUUUAUGGCAGUUUUCGCAGCACAUAUAAACAGAAUCCAAAGAAACAACAUGCCUGGGACUUUGAAGAAAUCUCCAGUGCUGUUCUUCUUUUUGUUUCAAAUUCUUUUUUCUGAACUGGCGAUUUGCACUGCCAGUACGGACAACGAAACGAUUCAACAAUUCAUCAAACCGAUCAUAUAUCCCAUUCCUUUGGAAAACAUGACGAUAAUACCUGAAGAGUACAAAAAUUUAUCUGUGGUUGGAAAAUGUUGUCCACUGGGUGAAGUUCUCGUAAAAAACGGUACUCAAGGCUCGGUUUGUUAUCUGGAUUCCUCCAUGACUGAAAAUUUCUCUCCCAUCUUUUAUGGUUUUAAUGCAUUUGGUUACGAAGUUCCCGGUGAAGUUCGAAAUUCGUUCGUUGCGAUCAUCGGAGAUCCUUGCAAAUACAAAAAAUAUAUUUUAAAUCCAAACAACGAUAACAGAGAUAACAAUUAUUUAUUAACGAACGGUUCUGUAUAUGCACCGAAUCACGAUCCAACAAUGCUGCAACCUGGAAUCAACUACUGUGCAGAAAUCGUGCCAGAUUUAGGUCUUCACACUUUUGUAUGUUUUUCUGAAAGUCGCGUAAUAAUCACUGCAGACUCCCGAAUUACAAUCUAUGCCUGCGGCCUUUUAAUAUCGGUGCCAUUCUUAAUUCUUACCAUCGCAGCGUAUUCCAUCACACCAAAUUUGCGAGAUAUUUUUGGAAGGGCAUUGUGCCGUUAUUGUGGAUCCUUAGCGCUGGCUUUUACGAUGUUAGCAAUUACACAGUUAUGGAAUAUGGAGUUGUCGGAUCAAGCUUGUACCAGUAUAGCAUUCGUCAUCCAGUUCUCCUUCGUCGCGUGCUUCUUCUGGCUAAAUGCGAUGUGCAUAGAAAUGUGGUCAUUGGUGCGUGUCUAUGUGGAUCGUGGAACAUACAGAAGGAUGAAACCCAGAAUGUUGUUCUUUUGGUACUCGUUAUGGUGCUGGGGUCCCUCGGUGAUACUUAUCCUCGUGUCGAUGAUUAUGGAUCUCAGUCCGAUGAUACCGGCGACUUACGUGAAACCAAACUCCAAGAAAAGUUGUUCCUUCAAAUCGGAAGAUGAAGCAAUACCAUACUUUUACAUACCAAUUGGAUUGCUUCUUGUUGGGAAUGUGAUUCUUCUCGUUCUAACCUUCGUCAAAUUAACUAAAUAUCAAAGGGACCUCGACUUAAGGCGCCUCGCGAGAAAUCAAGAAUCCGAUCGACUUGAUCGAAAGUAUCUUCGACGACUCAUGAGAACCACAUUAGUUUGCAUGAUUAUUUUCGUUUUGAUGGGUCUUAAUUGGACGAUGGAACUAAUAUUUUGGUUCGUCAACGGAGAUUCAUUCGACUGGUCCUCCUUCGAUCUUGUAAACGCUCUCCAAGGUGUUCUUAUCUUCGCUUUAUUUGUUCUACGAAGGCCACCGAGAGACUUUGUGUGGCACAGAAUACAACAACUUCGUGGUAUUAAUCAAGUACCAGAACUGGAAGCUGGAAGCAUGGAACUGUAUCUGCUUCCAACAAUGAACGGUGACUCAGUGCCUAGAUAAAAGAUCAUUCCGUGCACAUAACUUACUUUUCGUCCUUUCCUCGAAUUCGUCGUGGAUUAUGAGAUAACUAUAAAUCAAUUGCCGAAACAUGCUUGAAAGUUCCUUGAUUAGACGUACAAUUUUUCUAUGAAUUAUUUAUAAAGCGUCGAAUUAAUCAAACGAAAAAAGUUUGAUAAUUCUGACAAAUUUAUUUUAUGUAAGACUUAUCGAAUUAUUUAUUAUACGCGUAAUAUCGAUAUAACAUAUACAUAUGCAUCUCAUCAACACGAUAUAUGAGGUCAAUAUUUAUUUUGCAUAUCAUCGAUUAUGUAUCGAGUGUGAUUUUUGUAUAAUACGAUUUAUUUUAAAUAGUUUGAUUACCACGUGUCGAUUGCGAGGAUAAUUUCAUACUAAUGAAAGCUUCAUGGUUUAUGUACAUGUAUGUGUUUAUAUUUCAUUUUCAAAUCAUUUUUCGUUCUUCCAUUCAUUUCUGAUUUGCUGUCACAUUGUAAUUAUUUUGCGAUGCUUCAUAUUCCCUGUGAAUAUUUUUGUACUCUAAGAAAAAAAGACUUAAAAAAUUCAUAGUUUUCUAAAUAUGAAAUGAAUUUUAUGAAUUUAAUAAUAGAUCACUUGAUUCUUGUGUUUGAAGUCGCAUUUGGGAUUGUUAGUCGCAUAAUAAUAUGCUUCGUAGGAACUUGUCUUGAUUAUGUAAAAAUGCCUCUAACUCGUUUUACAAUAGUGUAUGCAAAUUGUGAUAUCUGUAUAUCUGUACAUUAAUUACACAACAGAGAAUAACCGAAUAGGUUACAUUAUGAUCUUAGAUCUAAUAUACAUAUGUAUGUAUAUUCUUCUGAAUCUUGUAUAGUUAACAUUAAAAACAUUUCUAAUAAUUUCUAAAUAUAUAAUAUUUGCAAGCGCAUCCUGCAACGUUAAGUUCCAUUUAUUAUUUAUCUAUUUAUUAUUUACAUAAAAUUUCAUGAAAAUACGGUAUAAUUAAAUUAUUUUAAUAAAAACAAAUUCAUGUCUGAAACAAUUCAAUUAGUAUUCAUUACUGUAUUCUUCAAAGUAUGUGUUAAUAAUAAUAUUUAUAUGUUAGAACAGCUAAGAAUUAUUUACUUACACUAGUAAUAAAUAAAUUAAAAAAUACAAGCGACGACGUUAUAUGUUUUGUAUUUGGUAGUAUUAGCAUUAGAAGUGGAAUGUAUUAUUUAUUGUAAAACUUUUAAAUUAUUUAUGUGAAAUUAAAUUCAUUCUCAUAAUAAAUAUUGUAUCCAUUUUUAAAUAUAUACAUAUGUUUGUUUCAACAAAAAACAAUAAAUGGUAUUUCAAAAA